AUGUUCGCUGUUGCUCUCUUCAUCCUGUCUUUAACGACUUGUCAGCCGUGGGUAACCACACAGGAGACGGUGAACCGGAGAGUGGGUCGGGCUGCUGAGAGUUUCACCCCCACAGCAGUUAACUGCCAGCUGGGCGACUGGUCGGAGUGGACAGAGUGCGUUCCAUGCCAGGACGUAAAGUACCGACACCGGAGCCUGCUGCAGCCAAACAGGUUUGGGGGAAAAAUCUGCAGCGGUGACGUCUGGGAUGAAAUGAGCUGUCAAAGACCCAGAACUUGUGUACGGCAAGCGCAGUGUGGGCAGGAUUUCCAGUGUAAAGAGUCAGGUCGCUGCCUGAAGCGUCACCUUGUGUGUAAUGGAGACCAGGACUGCUCUGAUAACUCUGAUGAGGAGAACUGUGAAGACGUCAGGAUCCCUGAAGACAAAUGCAGCCUGUAUGACCUGAUUCCAGGAUCAGAGAGGGCAGCCGCUGGGUUCAAUAUCCUGACGCAGACAGAAGCCCAGAGCGUGUACGACACCAGGUAUUACGGGGGCCAGUGUGAGACGGUGUACAACGGGGAGUGGAGGGAGCUCCGCUACGACGCGGCCUGCGAGCGCCUGUACUACGGCGACGAUGAGAAGUACUUCCGGAGGCCCUACAACUUCCUCAUGUACCGCUUCGAAGCCCUGGCAGACAGUAGCUUCUCCACAGAGUUGUAUGAAGAUAUAAAUGAUGUUUUUUCUAAACUAAAAGAAGACCUGUUUGUGUCAGGGGGGUUGACGUUUGGUGUAGGCCCAGCAGGCAGCCCUGUGACGGUGGAUGCAGGUGUGUCCGGAUCAUACGCCUCUUCACCCGUAAAUGAGUUAAGAAAGUAUAACGAGAAGAAAUACAGCUUCAUGAGGAUUUUCACGAAGGUGCAGACGGCCCAUUUUAAGAUGAGGAGGGACAACAUCAUGCUGGAUGAGGGGAUGCUGCAGUCGCUGAUGGAGCUUCCAGAGCAGUACAAUUACGGCCCAUACUCCAAGUUCAUCAAUGACUACGGCACCCAUUACAUAACGUCUGGGUCAAUGGGUGGCAUUUAUGAGUAUUUCCUGGUACUUAACAAAGAAAAAAUGAAAAAAACAGGUGUCACCUAUGAAGAUGUCCAGACAUGCUUCGGAGGGUCUUUUGGGCUUUCUUAUGCCUUUUCGAGUGGCGUACUGAUUGGAGGAGGUUUAUCAGGAAAAAACUGUAAAAAAUCUGGAGGUGGGAAAAGUGAUAACGAAAUUAAGAACAUGGCUGUGGAGGACAUUGUUGCUCGGGUGCGAGGUGGCAAUUCUGGCCGGAGCGCCCACUUGGCUGAGAACUCCAGCAUCAUUUCGUAUCGUUCCUGGGGGAGGUCAUUAAAGUAUAAUCCUGCUGUUAUUGAUUUUGAGACAAAGCCUAUCUACGAGGUGCUGCGGCACACAAACCUGGGACACAUGGAGACCAAACGCCAGAACCUGCAGCGGGCCUUGGAUCAGUACCUGAUGGAAUUCGAUCCCUGCCGCUGCGGGCCCUGCUUCAACAAUGGAGUGCCCAUCCUCCAGGGCACCAGCUGCGAGUGCCAGUGUCCCCUGGGUCGUAAGGGCCUUGCCUGUGAACAAAUGGAGCAAGAGGGAGCCAAGGCGGCCGGCGGCUGGAGCUGCUGGGGCUCCUGGUCUGCCUGCUCGGCGGGCGCUCGGGAAAGGAGGAGGGAGUGCAACAACCCGCCGCCCAGGAACGGGGGCGCCGCGUGUCCAGGCCGGAGCGUGCAGGCCCAGCCUUGCUGA